CCAUCAGCCCACGGUAACGGAUCAAUCUCUGUCGUUUUUCUCUCUCGGCUUCCACUCUCUUCCCACUGCAAAGAGCUGAAGUGGAUGAGUGGGAACCCGUCAGCUGAUGAGUGAAUUAGAUCUCCACCGUUAUCAUCUGCUCUGCUCACAGACCCAACAUGAGAGCGGCAUUUCUUGCCUCAGUGGUCGUGUUGGUGACUGGGAGCGGCUGUUAUUCCAGGAGCCUCCCUUCACCCAUCCUGCCGUUCAUCGACUGCGCACGGAGCAGGGGGAAGGACGGUUCUUACCGGGGAGCCAUUGACGUGACCGAGUCCGGUAGCCGGUGCAUGAACUGGACCGAGGUGGCUGGAUUCAAGGAGCGCUAUCCGAGCAGAGGCAUAGGAGAGCACAACCACUGCCGCAACCCGGACGGCAGGAUCCGACCCUGGUGCUUCUUUAGGAACCACAAAGGCAGAGUAGACUGGGGGUACUGUGACUGUAAACAAGGCUCGGUACGUCUGCAAGGAGGCCGCUCCAAGCUUGAUGGCAGGGUGGAAGUGUAUCUGGGAGGAGUUUGGGGGUCUGUGUGCGGCAACGACUGGGGGGAAGAAGAUGCUGCAGUGGUCUGUAGACAGCUGGGCGAGGGGGUCUCUGGUCUUGCUCGCACAGUUCCUUUGUUUCGCCCCCAAACAGCCAAGCUUCACUGGUCGGCAGUCCAUUGUCAGGGAGAAGAGCCAGAUCUGCUCCAGUGUCCCAAAACUACCUGGAGGGGAGAGGAGUGUUCUUUGGCUGCAGCUGUUACCUGCACCCAACAGAAAGUGGUUGAGACCCUUCCUAUACGGCUGGUGGGAGGUCGAUCACAGUCAGAGGGCAGGGUUGAGGUCUUCCACGCAGGACAGUGGGGUUCCAUAUGUGAUGAUCAUUGGGAUGAUAAUGAUGCAGAGGUGGUGUGUCGACAGCUGGGACUGAGCGGAUUUGCGAGGGCAUGGAGCCAAUCACAUUAUGGCCAAGGUUCGGGCCGUGUCUGGUUGGAUGACGUGCGCUGCUCAGGCAAUGAGCUCACUCUGGAGCAGUGUUCAAAAAGCGCCUGGGGAGAACACAACUGUCUGCACUUUGAGGAUGCAGGAGUGUCCUGCAUCCCUCUUACAGAGGGUAUCACCAGGCUGGUUGGAGGAGCUGGAAGUCAUGAGGGACGUUUGGAGAUCUUCUUCCGUGGUCAGUGGGGGACUGUAUGCGACGAUGGCUGGACAGAGUCAAACACCCAAGUUGUGUGUCGAGAGCUUGGUUACAGGCUGGGUGAGACUCUCCUUUCUGAAGGACUCGACAUGAACCCAGUCCCACGGUUUGGGUUGGGGUCAGGUCCUAUCCUUUUGGACGACGUGAGCUGCACAGGAAAAGAACCGAGUCUAUUGUUGUGCAACAGGGGGGAGUGGCUCCGCCAUGACUGCACGCACCAUGAAGAUGUUAACAUCGCCUGCAGCUCUGAGCACAGUGCAGACAGCCCUCCAGCCAAUAUCCCUUUGCGGCUUGUGGGAGGGGAAAGCUCCAAGGAAGGUCGUGUUGAGCUCUUUCUGUCCGGCCAGUGGGGGACCAUCUGUGAUGAUGGAUGGACUGAUCAAGAUGCUGAGGUGGUGUGCAGGCAGCUAGGCUACAGCGGUGUUGCAAAAGCUCGUGUAAUGGCAUACUUUGGAGAAGGGACUGGCCCCAUACAUGUCGACAACGUGAAGUGUAAUGGCGUGGAACGUUCGUUGACAGACUGCUUAAAACAGAAGCCUGGCACUCACAACUGCCGCCACAGCGAGGAUGCCGGGGUCAUCUGUGACUAUGGAGAAUCGCAGCACAGCAACAGAGAGGUUAAAGAUCCUGUCAGCUCAAUUUGCGGUCUUCGCCUCGUACACACUCGCCAGCGCCGGAUCAUAGGAGGAGAAAACUCUCUGAGGGGCGGCUGGCCGUGGCAGGCUGCAAUUCGUUUGCGAGGAUCUCGGGGAGACGGGAGGCUGGUUUGUGGAGGGACUCUCAUUGACACCUGCUGGGUCCUCACCUCAGCACACUGCUUCAAAAGGUACGGAAACAGCACCAAGCUGUAUAAAGUCAGACUGGGUGACUUUCACUCCCUUGUCCCAGAGGAGUAUGAAGAAGAGUACGGGGUUGAUCAAAUCGUCCUCCAUCCGAACUACCACUCUCACAGCAACGAUUAUGACCUGGCCCUGGUUCGCCUGUCACCGGGGGUGGUAGGCCAGGCGCCAGGAGAGUGUGUGUCGUUCAGCCGUCACGUCCUUCCUGCUUGCCUGCCCAUGAGGAAAGAGAGAGUGCUCAAACAGGCCAGCAACUGUCACAUUACAGGCUGGGGGGACACAGGACGUUCGUACUCAAAGACCCUGCAGCAAGCCCCUCUGUCCCUUCUUCCUCGACGUCACUGCCAGCAGUAUUUCCACAGCGCCUUCACAAGCCGCAUGCUCUGCGCUGGGAGCGUCCAGUCAGAGAGGCGCGUGGACAGUUGCCGGGGUGACAGCGGAGGUCCGCUGGUGUGCGAGCGUCCAGGAGGGGGCUGGGUGGUUUAUGGGGUCACGUCCUGGGGUCAUGCCUGUAGGACACAUCAGUCCCCUGGUGUUUACACCAAAGUCUCGGCCUUCAGUUCGUGGAUACGCAAAGUAACUGGACGUGAUGAGAAAAAGCAAUGAGGCUGACAAACUGCAAGAAGCGACCUCUCAGGACUCGAUUGGUCAAAGGACAAACAAGGUAGCAAUACAUUUCACUCACGACAAUCUGGUAAUAUAUAUUGCCUAACGAAAAGGUGAAAGAAAAUUCAGGUGAAAAAUGUUAGAGCACAAUGCUGAAGUUUAUUCACACUCAUGAAUACACCAUAACUAAGACAUCUUUGAUGUUGUAACAGUAUCCAUUGUUUAAAUUAUAUUUAGUUUGAAACCUUAUAUUGUAAUUUUUCAUAUUAAUGUGUCAUUUGUUUAAAAAAGGACCAAACAUAUGUCUAUGGAUGAAUUUGCAUACUUGCACUAAAAUCAACUAUUUUUUAAUUUAAUUGUAUGGUACUUAGUGAAAUAUGCUCUUAAGCCUAAUUUUAGUCUUGUUUCAUUUCUAAGUUGUGUUUAAAUUUAUGCAAGAAUCUUAUAUCAUGUCUUAAUAUUGCUCAGGCCUUAAUCCUUUAUAUUCAGUAAUACAUAGAGGUUGACAUUGUGCUGAACAAUGUUUACUCAGAAAGACGGUAUUUCUAGGUCAAAGCACUAAACAGUAUUUCCAAGUGGUUCUUCAUUGCAGCCACACUGUCCUUGUGUUGUAAUUACAGUGUUGAAAAUGCUUCUGUUACUGAAGAAAGACAUAAAUAUUUCUUUUUCCAAUGUUUA